UUGAUCCAGUUUCUGAAGACGCCAAAAGCGUGGAUCAAAACCAUCUCAGACGCGAUCGGAUCCACAAGAAGAUCCACGAGGUCCUGAAGAAGUACGGCGACCGGCCGGUGCCGCCUGCCCACGCCGAACUGUGCCCGGACGACGUCAGUCACCGCUACUAUCUAUAUACCGGCCCCCACCACGAUAACCAUCACAACGACCACCACGACAACCACCACAACGACCAUCACGACAACCACCACGGAGGCCCCUUCCACGGC